AUGGCGCUCCCCGCCCUGGCCGGCGGGCAAGAUGGUGCUCUGCAUGGCGUCUCAGCAGCGGGCGGCGACGGCGACGGCGACGGGCAAGACAGCGCGAUCAAUCGCAGUCCGGCGGGCAGAGCAGACGGCAGCACGACGGCGGGCAGCGAGGACGGGUUUCUCUGUCUCUGUCUGUGUGCGUUGGCGUCGCCGGCGGAGGGCUGGUUUUGGCUGGCAGUUGACGUUGUCGUUGUCGUUGUAUCGAAGGCGUUAAAGUCGGACAAGGCGAAGAAAAAAAGAGCCGCCGAGGAAGCGAGACGACGGCCUCAACAGCACCACGACAGCGACAGCGACAGCGACGGUGACAGGAUCCAGACAGGGCGUGAGCUGAGGAAGAAGAAACGAGAGGAAGGGCUGGCUGGUCUGCUCACUAACUCACUAGCAGGAGGCGACUGUGGGCCGGCGUUGGAGCAGGAGAACUCUAGAGCAGAGCAGAGCGCAGAGCAGACGGAGAGAGACAGCGAGCAAAAGGUGCAUCAUCGACGCCGCCAGCAGCCAAACGACGAGCAGGACCAGCAGGCCGGGAAACCUUCUGCCGUUCCAGAAGCCAGGCGAAACAUAAAAAAGGAAGAGACAGAGAGACAGGAGAGGGCUAGAGAAAAAGAAAAGAAGCGCCGGCCAUCUGCGGGACGAAGGCUGGAGGGAGAGGAACAAGAGACAACUAUCAAGCAAGAGAGGAGACGAGACAAGACAAGACAAGACGAGACGAGACGAGACGAGAUGCAGAACUCGAAUCCGACGCUGUUGAGCGCGGCUGACCUGCCCAGCCGGGAGAAGAAGGGCGCAGAGUCCCAGGCCAGGGUGGACAGCAUCUUCACGACGGAGCCUACCUUUGAUCCCUUUGCCAGAUACCAGGACGACGAUGGCGAGAGCAGUCAGGAUGGCAGCAGCCAGGACGAGCUCGAGGAGCCCAUCGACGAGCAGGAGAUAUUCGACCUGAUUGCAACGAUAUCAGACCCCGAGCACCCGAUUCCGCUGGCAGAGCUGGCCGUCGUCUCGCUGCAGGACAUCAGCAUCACGCCGGCACUGCCUCGCUCGCCGUCGUCUCCCCUCCGCAAGGUCACCGUCCUGCUCACCCCCACCAUCACCCACUGCAGCCUGGCCACCGUUAUCGGGCUUGGAGUGCGCGUCAGACUGGAGCAGGCCUUGCCCCCGCGGUUCAGAGUCGACGUCCGGCUCAAGGAGGGCUCGCAUAGCACGGCAGACGAGGUCAACAAGCAGCUCGCAGACAAGGAGCGGGUGGCGGCUGCACUGGAGAACCAGACGCUCAUGGGCGUCGUGGGGAAGAUGCUGGAGACCUGUCGAUGA